CCUUUUUUUCUCUCUGCAAAAUUUUUCAUUUCACCACAAGAUUCCAAACAAAAGAGAAUUGAUAGAAAGUGAGAUUUGCAAAAUAUAUUCUAUCCCAUCUCCCCCUUGUUCUCUCCUAUCAUUUAAACACAUAUACUCUAGCUCUUUCUCUCUCUCUCUCCCUCUCUUUGCUCGCUCUAUCUAACUAGCGCCAUGACUUCUUUUGUCUCCGACCACGCCUCCUCGUGUUCUCGAUCUCUGGUCUCUAUCUAAGUAACCCUAAUUUUAUCUUCUCUCCUCCGUCUCCCCUGAUGUUGAGAUCAUCAAGAACGCUUUCUCUCGCUUCUCCCCGGCUUUCUUUGGCUUUUCCGGUCACCGGAUUCUGCCAUGGUUUCUGCUGCUGAAUCCUCUUCCUCCUCGUCAACGCUUCUUCUUCCAUGUGCGUUUGCCAACAGUUUUGCUUUUAUGAGGUUAUUACAAAAAGCUCAUCAUUUCUCUGCCGUCUCUGAGGACGACGACAACAACAAAGACAUUCGCUUAGGAUCCGAUCAUCAAGCAAAAGAUAAUAAUCACCACCAAGUUUGUAGGAGAGAUUGUAGUUUCAUGGCCGAUCAAGAAGAGCCGAGGAGUACUACUUCUAGGUUAAGCUCCAAGGAUGACGACCAUGACAACAAUAGCAAUAACAACAAUAAUAAUAAUAACGACAACAACAACAGCGAAGCCGAAGAUCAUGAGAUGAGACAACAAGGGUGGCUCCGGCUAAGCGUAGGCCACGAGGAUGACGUUAAACCGGAUCUUGACCAUCGGCAGCAACAUCAAACCGGUCCAACGGCUAGGAGAGACUCUUUUCUUGAGCUUAACCUUUUCUCUGGCGGUUCAAAUAGAGGAGAAGAAGUUGGUCUUCCAUUAUCAUCUCUCUUUCAUCAUCAUCAUCAGCAUCAGUCCGGAGGGAUGAUGAUUAAUCCAUUAAUGUUCCCAACCAGGCCUGAAGAGAUGAUUGGUCCUUGGGCGGCUGCGUUUAGAACGCCUUUUGUCCCACAAAACCUAACUCAUCCAUCAGCAUCAUCUGCUUCUUUGAUGAUGCCAUUGAUGGGACCGUACUUUGGUCGCUCCAGUUUUCAGCCGCAGUUAUUAGGAAAUAAUCGAGAUGUGGUGGCUGGUCCAAGCUCGAGUUUUCGAGUCAUUGAUCCUCCCAGACGACCCCAUUCCGGCAUUUGGUUUCUCCUUCAAGCUUCUCAAAACCAGACAGUAGAACCAUUCUUGCCUCAGAUACCAAAGAGCUAUUUGAGAAUCAAGGACGGGAAGAUGACUGUUCGACUGUUGAUGAAAUAUUUGGUGAAUAAGUUGCGAUUGGAGCACGAAUCCCAGGUAGAGAUAAGAUGCAGAGGGCAAGAACUGGAGCCAGUGUUGACACUACAACACGUGAGAGAUGCAAUAUGGAGAGGAAUCAGAGACAAUUCAUCUCUUUCAUCACAAAACAUUACUUUGCUUCCAAACUCAUCUACCUCUGAUCAUCUCAUGGUCCUCCAUUAUGGUAGGACUAUUUCUUAACUAUAUACUAUAUAUCUAUUUUAUUUAUUAUUAUUUUUUUAUAUAACACCAUAUAUAUUUCUCAAUAAAAAUAACUACCCACCACAUUUCUUCUUCUUUUUUUUUCUUUUUUUUUUCUUUAACUCAACAUCCCACCUUCUUCAAUUGUUUUUUCCCCUUUUCUUGUUUUCUUUUUUUUUUGGCGGGUGGUUUCGAUUAUUUAUUUUCCCUUAAGGCUUUUUCUUGGUGCGAUUUAUCUGUCCAAUGAGCAAGAACGAAAGAGUUAUCUAAUUCGGUAGGAAUAUGCAUACCCCGAUUGAUGUUUUUUUUACUGUUGUAUCUUCUGGGGUUGCGAGGAACGUUAACGCAUGAAAAUGUAUUAAAUAUUUAUAUACAUUGUUUUUUCAUGC